GAGCGGCGCAGGGACCCGCGCGGCCGUGACCCGGCGGCCACCCAGAGGCCGAGCGCGGCCGCAGCGGACAAAGGAGCAUGUCGGCGCCGAGGAGGGCGCGUCCUCCGGCCGCCACAAGGCUCCGGGCGCUCCGGGGCCCGUGCUGCGCUCUCGUCCGCCCGGGCGCCGGGGCGGCCCGCUAGGCCAGCGCUCCGCCGCUCGGCCGGCAGGCCCCGACCCGCCGCCCAGCCCUCAGCAUGGAGCCGUCCGAGCGCCUGCGGGGCCGCGCGCCGCCGCCUCUGUUGCUGCCGCUGGCUCUGCUCGCGCUGCUCGGAGGCGGCGGCGGGGCCGCGGCGCUGCCCCCGGGCUGCAAGCACGACGGGCGGCCCCGAGGGGCCGGCAGGGCGGCGGGCGCCGCAGAGGGCAAGGUGGUGUGUAGCAGCCUGGAGCUCGCGCAGGUCCUGCCCCCGGACACGGUGCCCAACCGCACGGUCACCCUGAUUCUGAGUAACAAUAAAAUAUCCGAGCUGAAGAAUGGCUCAUUUUCUGGGUUAAGUCUCCUUGAAAGAUUGGACCUCCGAAACAAUCUUAUUAGUAGUAUAGAUCCAGGUGCCUUUUGGGGACUGUCAUCGCUAAAAAGAUUGGAUCUGACAAACAAUCGAAUAGGGUGUCUGAAUGCAGACAUAUUCCGAGGACUCACCAAUCUGGUUAGGCUAAACCUUUCAGGGAAUUUGUUUUCAUCAUUAUCUCAAGGAACUUUUGAUUAUCUUGGCUCAUUACGAUCUUUAGAAUUUCAGACUGAGUAUCUGCUGUGUGAUUGUAACAUACUGUGGAUGCAUCGCUGGGUAAAGGAGAGAAACAUCACGGUACGGGACACACGGUGUGUUUAUCCUAAGUCUCUUCAGGCCCAGCCAGUCACAGGUGUGAAGCAGGAGUUGUUGACGUGCGAUCCUCCCCUUGAAUUACCAUCUUUCUACAUGACUCCAUCUCAUCGUCAAGUUGUGUUUGAAGGAGACAGCCUUCCUUUCCAGUGCAUGGCUUCAUAUAUUGAUCAAGACAUGCAAGUGUUAUGGUAUCAGGAUGGGCGAAUAGUCGAAACUGAUGAAUCCCAAGGUAUCUUUGUUGAAAAGAACAUGAUUCACAACUGCUCAUUGAUUGCAAGUGCCCUAACCAUUUCUAAUAUUCAGGCUGGAUCGACUGGAAAUUGGGGCUGUCAUGUCCAGUCCAAACGUGGGAACAAUACGAGAACCGUCGAUAUUGUGGUCUUAGAAAGCUCUGCACAGUACUGUCCUCCCGAGAGGGUGGUAAACAAUAAAGGGGAUUUCAGGUGGCCCAGAACACUGGCAGGCAUUACUGCACAUCUACAGUGUACUCGGAAUACCCACAGCGGUGGGAUCUAUCCCGGAAACGCACAGGAUGAGAGAAAGGCCUGGCGCAGAUGUGAUCGAGGUGGCUUUUGGGCGGAUGAUGAUUAUUCUCGCUGCCAAUAUGCAAAUGAUGUCACUAGAGUUCUUUAUAUGUUUAAUCAGAUGCCGCUCAAUCUUACCAACGCUGUGGCCACAGCCCGACAAUUAUUGGCUUACACUGUGGAAGCAGCCAACUUUUCUGACAAGAUGGAUGUUAUAUUUGUGGCUGAAAUGAUAGAGAAAUUUGGAAGAUUUACUAAAGAGGAAAAAUCAAAAGAGCUCGGUGAUGUGAUGGUUGACAUUGCAAGUAACAUCAUGUUGGCUGACGAGCGUGUCCUGGGGCUGGCGCAGAGGGAAGCUAAAGCCUGCAGUAGGAUCGUUCAGUGUCUACAGCGCGUCGCCACGUACCGGCUAGCAAAUGGAGCUCAUGUUUAUUCAACAUAUUCACCCAAUAUUGCUCUGGAAGCUUAUGUCAUCAAGGCUGCUGGCUUCACUGGGAUGACAUGUACCGUGUUCCAGAAAGUGGCAGCUACUGACCGGACAGCCUUUUCUGACUAUGGGAGGCGGGAUCCGGAUGGAAACCUGGAUAAACAGCUGAGCUUUAAGUGCAACGUUUCAAAUACGUUUUCAAGUCUGGCUUUGAAGAAUACUAUUGUAGAGGCUUCUAUUCAGCUUCCUCCUUCCCUUUUCUCACCAAAGCAAAAAAGAGAAGUCAGACCAAGUGAUGACUCUCUCUAUAAGCUUCAACUCAUCGCAUUCCGCAAUGGAAAGCUUUUUCCAGCCACCGGGAAUUCGACAAAUUUGGCCGAUGAUGGAAAACGGCGUACAGUGGUUACCCCAGUGAUUCUCACCAAAAUAGAUGGUGUGAACAUUGAUACCCACCACAUCCCUGUUAAUGUGACCCUGCGUCGAAUUGCGCACGGAGCAGAUGCUGUGGCCGCCCAGUGGGAUUUCGAUUUGCUGAACGGACAAGGAGGCUGGACGUCAGAUGGGUGCCGUAUACUCUGCUCAGAUGAAAAUAUCACUGCCAUUCAGUGCUACUCCCUUAGUAACUAUGCGGUUUUAAUGGAUUUGACGGGAUCUGAACCCUAUACCCAGGCAGCCAAUCUCUUGCACCCUGUGGUCUAUACCACGGCUGUCAUUCUUCUCUUCUGCCUCUUAGUGGUCAUCGUCAGUUACAUAUACCAUCACAGUUUGAUUAGAAUCAGUCUCAAAGGCUGGCACAUGCUUGUGAACUUAUGCUUUCAUAUUUUUCUGACAUGUGUGAUCUUUGUGGGAGGAGUAACUCAAACUAGAAAUGCCAGCGUCUGCCAAGCAGUUGGAAUAAUUCUUCAUUAUUCCACCCUUGCUACAGUUCUCUGGGUGGGAGUGACAGCUCGAAAUAUCUACAAACAAGUCACUAGAAAAGCUAAAAGAUGCCAGGAUCCUGAUGAGUUGCCACCUCCACCAAGACCAAUGCUCAGGUUUUACCUGAUCGGUGGCGGGAUACCCGUUAUAGUUUGUGGCAUAACAGCGGCAGCAAACAUCAAGAAUUACGGUAGUCGGCCAAAUGCGCCCUACUGCUGGAUGGCAUGGGAACCCUCCUUGGGAGCCUUCUACGGGCCUGCCAGCUUCAUCACUUUUGUAAACUGUAUGUACUUUCUAAGCAUAUUUAUUCAGUUGAAAAGACACCCUGAGCGCAAAUACGAGCUGAAGGAACCCAGUGAGGAGCAGCAGAGGCUGGCAGCCAAUGAAAAUGGCGAAGUAAAUCAUCAGGAUUCCCUGUCUCUCUCCCUCAUUUCGACGUCAGCCCUGGAAAAUGAGCAUACUUUCCAUUCUCAACUUUUGGGAGCCAGCCUUACCUUGCUCUUAUAUGUCGCUUUGUGGAUGUUUGGGGCCUUGGCUGUUUCUUUGUAUUACCCUUUAGACUUGGUUUUUAGCUUCUUUUUUGGAGCCACGUGUUUGAGCCUCAGUGCGUUUAUCGUGGUUCACCAUUGUGUCAACAGGGAGGACGUCCGGCUCGCGUGGAUCAUGACUUGCUGCCCGGGCCGGAGCGCGUACUCGGUCCAGGUCAACGUGCAGCCCCCCAGCUCCAGUGGGCCGAGCGGGGAGGCCCCCAAGUGCACCAACAGCAGCACAGAAUCUUCGUGCACAAACAAGAGUGCAUCGAGCUUCAAAAACUCCUCCCAGGGCUGCAAAUUAACAAACUUGCAGGCUGCUGCAGCUCAGUGCCAUAGCAACUCUCUACCUUUGAAUGCCACACCUCAGCUUGACAAUAGUCUGACAGAGCAUUCGAUGGACAAUGAUAUUAAAAUGCAUGUGGCGCCUUUAGAAGUUCCAUUUCGAACAAACGUACACCCAAGCCGCCAUCAUAAAAACAGAAGUAAAGGGCACCGGGCCAGCAGACUCACAGUCCUAAGAGAAUAUGCCUAUGACGUCCCCACGAGUGUGGAAGGCAGCGUGCAGAAUGGCCUGUCGAAAAGCCGGCCGGGCAGCAAUGAAGGACACUCUCGGAGUCGAAGGGCUUACUUAGCCUACAGAGAGAGACAGUACAACCCGCCCCAACAAGAUAGCAGUGAUGCUUGUAGCACACUUCCCAAAAGCAGCAGGAAUUUUGAAAAGCCCGUUUCAACUAGUAGUAAAAAAGAUGCAUUAAGGAAGCCAACUGUAGUUGAACUUGAAAGUCAGCAGAAGUCUUAUGGCCUCAACUUGGCCAUUCAGAACGGACCAAUCAAGAGCACUGGGCAGGAUGGACCCUUGCUGGGUAUGGAUAGCACUGGCAAUGUGAGGACUGGAUUAUGGAAACACGAAACUACUGUGUAGCAUUGGUGGGCUUCCUGGGCAGAAAUCCAUAUAAACUGUGAUACUCACAUUCCUUUAAGCUAUGAACAUGUAAAAACCGACUGUUUACAGCCACCUUAGGGAUUCAAAAAAAUUUUGAAUAAACUUGUAAGUUUUGGAUUUUAUGUAUUUUAUAUCCCCCACGUGUUGCUUUUUUAUGAAUUUUGAAAAAAAAACCAA